UGGGCAUCUUCAGGGCAUUUAAAGCGUGAAAAACACGAUCUUGCAACUAUGCCACGAUGCUUGGGCACCGUCUGGAUGGCCGUGCUGGUUCUUGCAGCUGCGUCUCAUUUUCUUGCUUUCGUGCAGCUGGUCUCCGCUUCGGUCAGAAUUGGCGAAGUGAUGGGACAGCCGCUGGCAACACCGUCUCGUCCCCGUGUGGCGCGUGUGGCGCGUGCGGACGGGCCGGUGGGACUGAGAAGCGCAGAGCACAGUGGGGAGCUCACCCAGCGCAAACAGAGGCCCGUCAUAGCAGUGCUGGUGGCCAUGAUGUUGAGCUUUAGCUUGGCAGCUGCGGCGCUAGCUCCGCCAGACCCCACGGUGGAGGCUGCCUGGGGUUUUGUUCGAAGAAACUACUACGACCAGACUUUCAACAAGCAAGACUGGAACGCCCUCCACGAGCGAUUUCUUCGACGGGUCGACCAAGGUGAACGUGCUGAGAGCGUGGUCCGCGAGAUGGUGCAGUCUUUGGGUGAUCGCUACAGUCGUGUGAUCGACGCUGCCACCUUCGAACAGCUCAUGGCCUUUGAUCCGAUGGGCGUUGGACUCGUCUUGGCGAGGAAUGACCAGAAAGAGGUCAUCAUUAGCUCUCCACCCUUUGCGGGCUCUUCGGCGGCCAAGGCGGGUCUCCGGCAGGGGCAGCGGGUGGAGAAAGUGGACGACAUGAGCUUCAAGGAGCUGUCCCUCCUGGCCGUCGCGGACCGCGUCAGCACGCGGGACCCGCCCAGCGUGACGCUCACACUGCGUGAGGGCGAGGGCGAGACGAGGGAGGUGGUUCUUGAACGCCUCAGACAAGCAAAGCCACAGAACCAGGUCGAGUCGGGCAUCGUCACCAAUGCUUUAGGCCACAAAGUGGGCUUCUUGCGGCUGCGGACCGUGGGCGCGCGCUCGGCGCUGGAGAUGCAGGAGGCUCUGGGGCGACUGCGGGCCGAAGGUGCUCAAGAGUGGGUCAUUGAUUUGCGAGGGAAUGGAGGUGGCUCCUUCCCUGCAGCUCUGGAGGCGGCUGAGCUCUUCUUGCCGAAGGGAGCCACCGCUGCUCAGGUGAAGCUGCCGAGCGUUGACAAGGAGAAGCCGAUCUUGGUGGGAGAAGAAGGCGAGCGCCAGGAGCGCGUGGGCUCCGCUACGGAGCCUGUCGCCGUGCUGGUGGACGCCGGCAGCGCAAGCGCCAGCGAGGUCCUGGCCGUGGCCCUGCGCGGCAACUGCCGUGCGCCGCUCAUCGGCAGCCGGACCUACGGCAAGGCGGCCGUCCAAGGUGUCUUUGGCUUGCCCAACAAGGAGGCGGUGGCCCUCACCGUGGCGCGCUACUCCGGGCCUCAUGGGGAGCGCAUCGAAGGUGGCUUGGAGCCUGACCUCUCCUCCGGCCUUAGCUUGGGGGGCCUCUCGCCGCAAGGGCUGAUGUCGGCGCUGGGCGCCCCGCAGCUCAGCGCAUAGUACGAAGGACAAGAAGGACGAGAAGGGACGAGCAGGAAGUCUCGCAGAAUGGCUUCGUUUUGCAGGUGUUCAACAUGCUUCAGGGUGGCGGCGAUUAUGGAUUGGAUGUGGAAGGUGCAUCCAAGCUCGCCUUGGCAGCGUGUGCCGAAUCGGCCCGAUAGUUCUGAGUCUGAGCCUAGUGACAAAGAGGGGGCA